AUGAUACGGCUCGAAACAGGAGAUGUGGUAUUCCCUCCUGUAAAUCUCUGUGCGGAUUUUGUCGAAUCCUGUAAACAACAUAAGGUCAUCGGUGAAGAAGGCAAACUCACGCGAUACAUUGUUAGUGAAAAUUUGGAAUAUGUUCUUCAAAAAAGGUCGGAAGAGCGUGAUAGAGAACGCUCUGACGACUCGUUCCAGUUAGGUCAGAUUUUGUUCGAGAAAGGUAGUUAUUCUCAGGCUCUUGUGCACUUCAAAGAUGCUGUACUAAGGUAUGAUGAUCCUCGGGCCAAAUAUCAGAUAGGCGUGAUGUUGUUUGAUGACUUGCUUGAGGGUGAAGACCUAAAGCAGUUUGAAAAUCCACAGAGAGCUGCAUUUUACAUGAUGCAAGGGUUGCUGUCGCUGGAUCGAGGUGUCGGUUCACCCCUAGGCAAUGCUGAACUUGUGGACGCGGCUGCGUUCAACUUGUACUUAGCUUACCUUCAAGGCUGGGGGGUUGAACAGUCGGAUGAAAUUGCUCUCAAAUACCUUCAGAUUGCUGCCACAAAUGGAGACACUAAGGUCUCUGUGAUGGCACAAACAACAAUGGGGUACUUCUACUCCUCCGCUGACCACAUGGAUUUGUCAAAGGCAUUCUACUGGCACUCAGAAGCAUGCCAGAAUGGCAGUGUGGAGUCACAAGCUGUACUCGGCGUUCUCCAUAUGUUCGGUCUUGGAUCAGCUAGUAAGGACUGGGGCACUGCACUUAACUGCCUCCGUGAUGCCUCUGAGAGAGGCAGUGUUUAUGCUACCGGUAUGCUCUCCUUCCUCUACUUCCGUCGUGCACUAUACACCGUUGCCAGUCGAACUGCCUACUCAUUGGUGGGAAAUACGGAACUGCGAAACAGUCUAAUGGUUGAUACUCGAAACGGAGGUGGCAGCGGUGGUGGUGGGAGUGGAAGAGGUAUUUUUGACAUUCAAGCGCGAUGCUUCAUACAACGAGGUCUAACAGUGGCUUGUUUCAUCUAUGCCACUUGCCUGGAUCGUGGGUUGGGGCUACAGCAGGAUCGGGGAAUUGCCAGCACGAUGUACUCGCGGGUAAGUAGUCACCGAAACCGCUGUCUGUAA